GGGCUUCUUUGUCUCGCUUUCCGAUGUCGGGCGAAGCGGCCGCUCUCGAGGAUACCCAGUUGAAAGCCUCCGCGCUCGGAGGCCGGGAAAGCGGAGCCAGCGGGGACAGUUGCUGCCCUAGCGUGGCCGAAGAGCAAGCGAAGUGUGUGGCGGCUUUGCCGCUCCCACCUCCACCAGAAAAUGAAGAUUCCACUCAAAAAUCAGUCCAAGAAGCUACUGUUUCAGAGAAGGAUCUAUUGCCAUGCAGGCUGCAGAAUGGAUCACCUGUAAAUACUACAAAGGAUCCUGCAGGUGCUAACGGGAGUCCAGAGGAACAAGAUGUAGUUGGAGAGGAGGAGAUCCUAACUGAUCAACUUCAGCACCAAAAGGAGGAAGCUAUACUGGAAGUGACAAAAUUCUCUGCACCAGAAGGACCAGGUGAUAUAAUCAUGAUACAGUCUGAAUAUACAGGUGCAGUAGACAUCCUGUCUGCAGAGCUAGAAACUACAGAUCUUCUAAGCGAACAGAAGAAAGUUCGGCCACCUCCAUUGAUUCCUCCCACUACUUGGACAAAUUCUAAGAUAAGGGAGUUUAAAACGAAGAUGGCAAAGGAGAAGAAUGCCCGAAUGCUAGUGAAACGGGGUGAGGUAUUAACAGUCCGGGUGCCCACCCAUCCUGAUGGGAAGCGCGUCUGCUGGGAAUUUGCUACAGAAGAUUAUGACAUUGGGUUUGGAGUCUAUUUUGAUUGGACCCCUAUUACUAGUACUGCCAUUACUGUUCAGGUCAGUGAAUCAAGUGAUGAAGAAGACGAAGAAGAAGAAUUUGAAGGUCCUAUUCCUGUUGGUGAUGUGGAAAAAGGAGCCAAAAGCUAUUUGCGAAACCGUUAUGGGGAGAUCAUGCCAGUUUACCGAAGGGACAGCCACCAAGAAGUGCAAAUAGGCAGUCAUGAUUAUCCAGGGGAGGGCAUCUACUUGCUCAAAUUUGACAAUUCUUACUCUCUCCUACGCAACAAGAUUCUUUUUUUUCAUGUUUAUUAUACCACCUAAAAAAGUAAAUAGUUUUUUUGCCAAGACUAAUGUGUAUAUCUUGUGAUGGCCAAAUUUUGUUUAUAUACCCUUCCUAUUUGUCCUAUUGUCCAAAAUGAAGGAAAUGAUCAUUAGCAAUUCCACUUUGUUGUAUGCAGACACAAAGCUGAAAUUAUAAUAACAGCACGCAAGUCACAGGACAUAAGAUGUCUGUUUUUUCUUUUGAUUGCACACAUGAACUGAAGUUAAAACAUGCCUUUUCUUUGGAAGUAUAUAUAUUAUCUCCUUCUACUCUACUGGCUACAAAUACUGACUGGAAUCAGCUUCCAAAACAGCCAUAGAACUCUGCCAGAACCACAUUGUUACUGUGAUAUUGUACGCUGCCAUAUGCUUUUUAGUGGAGAUCUUGUAGAAUGGUAUGCAUGUUGCCUACUCAGGCCACUGGCAGGCUGUCUUGUCUCAUCUUCCUUCCAUAAAUGGUCAUCUGCUCAGUUGUUUGUAUAUAUUUUAAAGCUUGGCUGGAUGGAAUCCAAACUGCAUCAUUCUCUUUCAAUAAGAGAACAACAUAACUUUAAAAGAAAAAAGUAUACCCUUCCAGUUCUGCUUUUGAUGAAUUAUUUGGGAAGCAGACAUCAACAAAGGCUUCUCCAGGUCCAGAAUUCAUAGUUUUGGGGGCACAAUAUGCUGUUCAAAUGUUGUUGUUGACAACAUUUUGCAACAUUAAAGUAUAGUAAAAGUUGGUGAAAUUCCAAAUUUUUCUUUCAAACAUCAUGUUUGUGGAGCAUAAUUUAAAACCAAACCAAGCCAUGAAAUGUUUAUUUCAGAGAGCAGAAAAUGUCUAUUUCAUUUAUCUAGAUACUAAAUGGAAGCAAUUUAUGUAUAUUUAUCAUAGUGCUUCCAGAGUCUUAGAAGCAAACAUUUCCAGGAGUAAGAAGACUUUACACAUUUUAAAUUUAUUACACAAGCACCUAAUAGUUACUAUACUAAUAGCCAGAUAGAUACAAGUUACAAAUGACAAAAAGCAAUCUUGAACUAUAUUACAAUGGGCAGGCACAAAGUAGUCCUUUGGUCUCUUACAAGUAUUUACUUUCAGCAAUGAUUUUAUAAUUUAUACAGAAGAGUGGUGUCCACAACCCCCCCCCCCAAUAAAAUAUUGAGUCUUUAGACACCAGGGGUGUCAAGCCCGUGUCCUCAUAUGAU